GGGAGUUCAAGCACGAUGGACGUGUACAGAUGUCUAAGCUUGCUUUUCAUCACUCUUACCCCACAAGUUUGUUCUCAGGUCGGACUUCGCGCCCAUGCUGAAGAGAGGCUGCUCCAGGAUUUGUUUGUACAUUACAAUCGGCUCUCCCGGCCUGUGAGAAACACGACAGACACGGUGCUCGUCCAUUUUGGACUGUCUAUUGCACAGCUAAUUGAUGUGGAUGAGAAGAACCAGAUGAUGACCACAAAUGUCUGGGUUAAGCAGGAGUGGAAUGAUUACAAACUGUGCUGGAACCCAGAAGACUACGAUAAUGUCACCUCCAUCCGUAUUCCCUCAGAGAUCAUCUGGAGGCCCGACAUUGUGCUCUACAACAAUGCUGAUGGCGACUUUGCUGUGACCCACCUCACAAAAGCACACCUGUUCUACGACGGACAGAUAAAGUGGAUGCCUCCAGCCAUUUAUAAGUCCUCCUGCAGCAUAGAUGUCACGUUCUUUCCUUUUGACCAACAAAGUUGCAAGAUGAAGUUUGGUUCUUGGACCUAUGAUCGUGCCAAGAUCGAUCUGAUAAGCAUGGACAGUGAUGUGGAUCAGAUGGACUACUGGGAGAGUGGCGAGUGGGUCAUUGUCAAUGCAGUGGGCAAGUACAACACAAAAAAAUAUGAGUGCUGCACAGAAAUCUAUGCAGACAUCACUUACUACUUCAUCAUUCGGAGGCUACCGUUGUUUUACACUAUAAACCUUAUCAUCCCCUGUCUGCUUAUCUCCUGCUUGACUGUGCUGGUGUUCUAUUUGCCAUCUCAGUGUGGGGAGAAGAUUACCUUAUGUAUAUCAGUCUUACUGUCCCUAACAGUGUUUCUCCUGCUGAUAACGGAGAUUAUACCGUCUACAUCAUUGGUGAUUCCCCUCAUCGGCGAAUACCUGCUGUUCACUAUGGUGUUUGUCACUCUCUCCAUCAUAAUUACUGUUUUUGUGUUGAACGUGCAUCACCGCUCGCCGCAAACACACACCAUGCCUCACUGGGUGCGUAGAGUAUUCUUGGAUUCGGUGCCUCGAUUUCUGUUCAUGAAACGCCCACCGGGAACAGCGAAGCAGCACUGCAAGAAACUUAUUGAGAUGAUGCACCGCCCAACCACCAUAUCUACAAUCGGCAACUCACCGGCCUUCUGGACAGGUUUGGAGACAGGGUUGAGACAGAUGACCCAGGUACACAAUACACCCCAGAAAACAAUGUGUGACAGUCCAAGUAUCCUUGUCUGCUCACCGUCUCCACCCUCUUCCCCUGCUGAUGUCCACAGUGAGAAUAAUUAUCCACUGAAAGCCAACAUUUUCUGCCGGCCCACAUCUGGCCAAUACUCAGUUUUCUCAGAUAAACACCCUUUACGAGCUCACAACUCCUUGUGUGCCUCCCAGUUGUCGUUGCCGCCUACUUUUCCACUGGGCCCACUUAACAUCACCUCCAAGGAAGAACGACAUAAAUUGGGCCGAAAUGGUCGCUCCUUAAGUGCAGAGCAAAUGUGCGAUCACCAUGAGAUCCUGAGGUCCGGGCAUCGAUGUCGCUCCCACAGCUUCCAGUACUGCUGUCUGCACAAUGAUGGGCUAAAGGGGAUCCCGAGGAAGGUGAAAACAAUCCCCCCUACAGAACACUCAACAGAAAGCCCAACAGAGGAGUGUGCUAAUAAUGGAAGUACCCAGCAGGGUGCUGUGAUUUCAACCAUUUCCCCAGCUAUGCUACAAGCCAUAGAGGGCGUCCAGUUCAUCGCUGAUCAUCUCAGGGCAGAUGAUGCAGACUUUUCAGUGAAGGAGGACUGGAAGUAUGUAGCCAUGGUCAUCGACAGGAUAUUCCUCUGGAUGUUUGUACUGGUGUGUAUUCUGGGAUCUGUGGGACUCUUUCUGCCUGCGUGGCUGGCAGGAAUGAUCUAG